UGAGUCUCUGCACACACAGCACAACCACCGCUUGAUCCAGCCAAGACCCACAGCACCUGGCAGGAUGACCGUCAAAGUUCAUAUCAUUUACUGUGGUGGAUGAGGGUACAGGCCCAAGUUCACCAAACUCAAGACGUUGCUUGAGGAUGAAUUCCCAGGCGAACUUGAGAUCACUGGUGUGGGUACACCAUCAUCCACAGGCUGGUUUGAGGUGGAAGUAAAUGGCAAGUUGGUGCACUCAAAGAAGAAUGGAGAUGGGUUUGUUGACUCCGAUUCUAAACUCAGAACAGUUGUGACUGCCAUUGAGGUGGCCAUGAAGAAAUGAGCAUGGCCUGAUCGUAGAGCAGCUUUUCUUCUCUGUUUGUUGGACUCCUGGGCAGGGCAACAAUGAUGGUGACGUCCAAAGUGUUUUUUGCAUGGAUGUUGCUUGAUGCUAUCCGCUCUUCCCGGGAGAAGACACUCAGAGCAGGAAACUCUGUGUAAACUGCUUCAGAUAAACGCUUUAACGGUUGAAAAAAUUAAGGGAAAAUAAAAAAUGGACAGAACAUGUCAAGUUGUGGUUCUUUGGGCCUGUUUUUUUAGUUUUUCUCAAUGUGUUUGCCUCUGUAAGAGCGCACGUUUACAACAUAUUUUGGCAUUGUUGAAGAUUUUCAUGCAAUAAAAAUGUUAAUGGUG